AGUUGGUGUAUGUAUCUACUCUCUCUCUCAUGAUAUGCGGCUGUGGUACAUAUGACAUUAACAUAAGAUACUUCAAAAUAUCCCGCCCUUCUAUUUUUACCAUCUUAGCCUCCGAUUUUCCCUCCUUUCUCUCUCUUCAUAUACCCUGUCUUUUCUCCUUCUCUUUCUCAUUUUUUGCCCCAGCAACCAAAAUUCAAAGCCAAACAGUACCUUAUUUUCUAAAUCUUAAAAAAAAAAAAAAAUCAGAAAAUGAGAGAGAUCUUGCACGUUCAAGGAGGCCAAUGUGGAAACCAAAUUGGCUCCAAAUUCUGGGAAGUUAUUUGCGACGAGCAUGGUGUUGAUCCUACCGGACGCUAUAACGGAGACGGUUCUUCCGAUCUCCAACUCGAGAGAAUCAAUGUGUAUUACAAUGAAGCUUCCGGUGGGCGUUAUGUACCUAGGGCUGUUCUUAUGGAUCUUGAACCUGGCACUAUGGAUAGUAUCAGAUCCGGUCCUUACGGACAGAUCUUUAGGCCUGAUAACUUCGUGUUUGGCCAAUCUGGUGCUGGUAAUAAUUGGGCUAAAGGUCAUUACACUGAGGGAGCCGAGUUGAUUGAUGCUGUUCUUGAUGUUGUUCGUAAAGAGGCUGAGAAUUGUGAUUGCUUGCAAGGCUUUCAGGUAUGCCACUCGCUUGGAGGAGGAACAGGUUCCGGUAUGGGUACUCUACUUAUUUCGAAGAUCAGAGAGGAAUACCCAGACAGGAUGAUGCUUACAUUCUCUGUUUUCCCCUCACCGAAGGUUUCAGACACAGUUGUAGAACCUUACAAUGCCACUCUCUCUGUGCAUCAGUUGGUAGAGAAUGCUGAUGAAUGUAUGGUACUUGACAAUGAAGCGCUUUAUGACAUAUGCUUCAGGACUCUGAAGCUCAGCACUCCAAGCUUUGGUGACCUGAACCACUUGAUCUCUGCUACUAUGAGUGGUGUAACAUGCUGCCUGAGGUUCCCUGGACAGCUCAAUUCAGAUCUUCGCAAGCUGGCUGUAAACCUGAUACCUUUUCCACGUCUCCACUUCUUUAUGGUAGGGUUUGCACCACUCACUUCUCGUGGAUCCCAGCAGUACAUUUCCCUCACUGUUCCAGAGCUUACUCAGCAAAUGUGGGAUGCCAAGAACAUGAUGUGUGCUGCUGACCCUCGCCAUGGCCGCUACUUGACUGCCUCAGCUAUGUUUAGGGGAAAGAUGAGCACCAAGGAGGUUGAUGAACAGAUGAUCAAUGUGCAGAAUAAGAAUUCAUCGUACUUCGUGGAGUGGAUUCCAAACAAUGUGAAGUCUAGUGUGUGUGAUAUUCCUCCGAAGGGUUUGAGAAUGGCAUCAACUUUUGUGGGGAACUCUACAUCCAUCCAGGAAAUGUUCAGGCGGGUGAGUGAGCAGUUCACAGCCAUGUUUCGUCGCAAGGCUUUCUUGCACUGGUAUACUGGGGAAGGCAUGGAUGAGAUGGAGUUCACUGAAGCAGAGAGCAACAUGAACGAUUUGGUGGCAGAGUACCAGCAAUACCAGGAUGCAACUGCUGAGGAGGAUGUUGAAUAUGAGGAGGGCGAUGAGGAGAAUUAUGAGGGUUAAGAAACUAACGGCAGGUUCUCAAGAGUCGGAAUGAGGUUUGAUGAGUCGCCCUAUCCUGCUCUUAUAUCUACUACUUACGUGGCUGUCAGUGUCUUAUUUACUGUUUCGAGCUUGUGUUUCCUAAGGUGAUAUUUGUUGGUUUUUUCAGUCAAGCAUUUGAAUAAUUGAAUUUCAUGUUUGAUUCUAUAUGCUUAGAAAAAAGGGGGUUGAAUAUUUUGUUGCUUUUUCCUUGGCACUUUUUUGAAAGUGUUAGAGAAUUACUCGCGAGUUGGGGAUGUGUAAUGUGAAUUGAAUGCAAAUUACAUGGAUGUUAAAUACCCUACCAAUGAAGUUCUUCUGUAUAAUUAUUGCGUUUUCUUA